CAGUUAGUUUACAAAGAGUACAGAAGAAUUGUAAGCCAUAGUAUAUAUUAUUUACUCAAAUAUGUAUUGGGAUGUGAUUACCAGGACAACGAUCGAGCACAGACUUAACUAAAGUUGAAGGUUUUGAUUAGAAAUUCAUACAAGUUUUUUUUUACUUUUUUUUCUUCUUAUUCAAUACUUCUAAACAUUGCUGUUACAAAGCUCUAGCAGUAAUGAACGAACUCUCUAUAGUACCUAUUAUGACUUAAUUGUUCACCAAGUACCAUAACAUACCAUAUAAGAGAAGAGUUGAUAACUCAUCAAGCAAUCCGUUAAGAAACAAUUUGUUGUCAUACAUAGAAAAAAUAAGCUAAACAUCUGUCUACCUUUCUUUUUUUUUGGUAAUCCUAACAAUCAAGUUGUCGUCCUAUGUCAAUUUGGGCAAAAACCUGCAAGAUCUAAUGUUUUGUGAUACUCUCUGAAACUUACUUACAGUGAUAAUUUUACUACUUUUUUGAGACCUAGGGAUUGAAGGAUCAAAAAUUGAAUUUCCGAUUUCUUCAAUUCUUUCACAAUUUGCUGGCUUUUGAGAAGGAAAUGAUUAACUAUUCUAGUCUUGCAUUAUGUUUUUAUCCGCUCAAACUAAUUCAAAAUAUCUCUUGGCAACCCCGAAAAACAUCCUUGUGUCGUUAAAGACUUUACCGAAAUAUAAUUGUAGGUCAAAGUUCUUUUCUUUUACGUCCACAGGAUCAAUUUUGUUCCAAACGAAAAGAACAUGUACCUCUAAAAAUGUAUUGCAGGCUUCUACUCAUCUUCGUCUGAGAAAUGUAGUUCAGCAAACUCCGGCAGCUUUUAUGAGGAAAUAUGCGACCCAAUUAAGCCCUUUUAGAGGUCAACACUCAAAUCAUAGGCUUUUCCCUACUUUACUAAUUACCAUUCCUGUAGCUCUCUCAGGCUGUGUUUUUGCGUACAAAAUGUGGGAGUAUUUGUAUCAAAAACGUCAGCAGCAGCCUUCUUUAGCUCCAGUAGUGGAAUACAAAGUGACUGAUAUUCACAACAGAAGUUUUUUCAUGAAGAUUAAACUAGUAUUGCUAUUGUGCAGACGUAUCACCUAUUUAUUUCUAAUUUUUUUUCCCGUAUCAUUAACUGCUCCCGUUGUAUACUUAUUUUAUUUAAGUCCUUUCCAAAGUUAUUUUUCUGCAAUCUUUUCUGUUUGGGUUAAAUUGUUGGUGCGUCAGCUUGAAAAAGCUGGUGCUACCUUUAUAAAGCUCGGGCAAUGGGCUGCUACGAGGACCGACUUGUUUCCUCCAGAUCUUUGCAAUCAGUUAUCAAAAUUUCAUUCUCAUGUAACACCGCACAGUUUUGAACAUACGGAAAAAGUUAUUAAAGAUUCUUUCAAUGUCAGCUCAAUUUCUGAUGUUUUUGAAGAUUUUCAGCCCAUACCUAUUGGAGUUGGAUCAAUUGCUCAAGUAUACACUGCCAAUUUAAAGCAUGAUUGUGCUUUAAAAGAGCAAAACUUUUCCUUUUCAUCGAAUAAAGAAAAAAUAAUGGACCUCUUAUCUUUCCAGCGAAAACCGAUUCAAGACCUACAUAAAAAGGUAGCUGUCAAGGUACUACAUCCGAAUGUAGGACUUAAUAUCUCUCUGGACUUAAAAAUCCUUGAAUUAUUUGCCUAUUUUUUUGACUUGAUUCCUACCAUUAAAUGGCUAUCGUUUCCAGAAGAAGUAAAAGUAUUCGGGGACAUGUUAAAUCAACAGUUGGACUUUCGCCAUGAAGCGAAUAAUCUAAUACAAUUUCGAAAAAAUUUUUCCAAAAAUCCAUAUGUGGAAUUCCCUAUGGUAUACGAGAAUUACACCAAAGAUCAAGUCUUAGUUGAAGAAUUCAUACCUGGUAUUCCGUUGAGUAUGUUCCUUCGUCAUAAAGAUGGACCUUUCAAUAAGCUUUUAGCAAAUGUUGGAAACAGUUCUUUAUUUCAAAUGCUUAUCCUCGAUAAUUUUACUCAUGCAGAUCUGCAUAGCGGAAACAUAAUAGUUGGGUUUAAGAAAGGCUCAACAUUUUCGCGUGAUUUGGAAGUCUCUGAAAAUGAGUUAUGCUCUAAUUUGAUGCCAAGUAAUAAUGAAGAAUGGGAAUCGACUAUGCAAUACCUGCAAGACUUAGGAUAUCAUCCGUUCCUGACUUAUUUGGAUGCGGGUCUUGUUACGACGCUUAGUCCGCAGGACUUGCAAAAUUUUAUUGACUUAUUUCAAGCGGUCUUAACUUUCGAGGGGUAUGAAGCUGGCUUGUUGAUGGUUGAACGAAGUCGACAGACAGAACAUGUCCGUAAUAAAGAAAUAUUCGCUCUGAGGAUGGAGCAUCUAUUAAACAAUAUUCAGAAAAACACAUUAUCGCUAAAGUCACUUCAAAUUGGAACAAUUUUACAAGAAGUCAUGACGAUGUCUAGAGAGCAUCAUGUUCGCAUAGAAGCUAACUUUGCCAACACUGUGUUAUCCAUUCUUUUGAUGGAAGGAGCAGGUAGACAAUUAUACCCUGAUAUGGAUCUUUUGAGUAAUGCAACGCCCUUUUUGAGGGCUGCUUCUGCUAGGCGCGAUAUAUCUAUAAAAAGUCCAAUGAUUAAAAUAUGGCUGGCUCUAGAAGCCAGACAGUUUUUACUACUAAGCACAUCCAAAGAGACGGUUGAGAAAUGGAUCAAGGCGGAUAUGAUUUCUCCGAACAUCUAAUGAUUGUAGUAUUCAUGUAUUUAAUAGAAAAUGAAGUUCACCAUAGUCAAGAUAAAAAUAUUAUUAUUUGUUUUGAGUAGGUAUA